AUGGAAUGGGCGGGCCUCUCCUGCUCCGCCGCCUCGGCCUCGCUCUCCCUCCCCUCCGGUGGCGGGUACUCGCCGCCGAGCUCCGUGCCCUUCAACCUCCUCCCGCCGGACACCGAGCCCUUCAUCGAGUGGGACCCGCACCCGGCCGACUCCGCCGCCUCGCCGCUCGGCGGCGGCGGGGCCGGGGAGGGCGCCACGCUGGUCGUGCUCCUCGGGUGGCUCGGCGCGCGCCAGAAGCACCUGCGCCGCUACGCCGACCUCUACCGCGAGCGCGGGGUCGGCGCGGUGCGGUUCGUGGUGCCCGUGCGCGAGCUCAUCGGCCUCGACCUGGGCCGCCGCGUCGAGCGCAGGGUCGCCGACCUCUCCGCCGAGAUCGCCGCCUGGUGCGACGCCGACCGCCGCCGCACGCUCCUCUUCCACACCUUCAGCAACACCGGGUGGCUCGCCUAUGGCGCCGUACUGGAGAAUCUACAAUCAAGAGCUGACAUAUCUGAGAGAAUAAGAGGAUGUAUUAUAGACUCUGCACCAGUUCUGGUGAUAAGACCAGAGGUCUGGGCUGCUGGUUUCUCUGCUGCAAUGUUGAAGAAAAGUAGUUCCUUGACAGGACCUUCAACAGAAUUUCUUGAUGGGCCUAUUGUCAAUGGCACCUUAAACAGAGCUAGCACUAAUGUGAUGCGACCAUCAUGGGGUGAAUGCUUUCUUCUAUCAACUCUGCAGAAAUUCUUUGAGAUUGUUCUUCAUGUGCCUGAUAUAAACACGCGACUGCGCAAGGUUCUGUCACUUCUUUCAGACAAGCAGCCUCCAUGCCCCCAGUUCUAUCUGUACAGCUCAGCCGACCGAGUCAUACCAGGUGAAUGUGUCGAGAGCUUCAUGGACUUGCAAAGGUCGCUAGGGCGGAGCGUAUACUCCUACAAUUUUGUAUCCUCGCCCCAUGUGGACCACUACCGGAGCUUCCCCCACAUCUACUCUGCCAAGAUCGAUGAGUUCCUGAAGAUCUGCUCCAUGGUCAAAGUAUCAUGA